AUGUUAUGGGAUGGCCCCGGGUAUAAGAAGUUUAAGGUUGACAACGAUGACGAUAUCCAAAACAUGUUGUGCCUUGCGAAGUCAUUUGGGCUGAAACAUUUUGAUGUUCUUAUUCAGAUCCGGGACGUUCCGAGGGGUGGUAACUAUGGGGGUGCGUAUUGCCAUGAAGGUCAGAAGUCGAAUUUUGGUAAUCAAACGUUCAGUAUGGAUGAUCAAACGGAUCUGUUACCAACAUAUUGUCCUAACAAAUCAAAGACAUUCUUGUCUGCUCAAUGGGCAUUCGGGAUUACACAUGUUGGACAAUGUUUCGCCGGGGUUUGUAAGUUUGCAGAAUCCACAGGAUGCGCGUGGUCAGUGCAUGCGAGGGUGUUGUCAUCAAAUGGGAUUUUAUGUGUUAAGAAGUUGGAUAGUGUGCAUAAUUGUGGAGCUGCUGUUCGUACACAUACAAACCCACGUACGGGGUCCAAUUUGGUUUUAAGCGUUGUCGUAGAUCGGGUGCGUGCUCAGCCACUGACGCGUCCUACGGAUAUUGUUUUCGAUAUGAAAAAUGACUACGGUUUGGAUAUUAGUUACCGAGUUGCGUGGUUAGGAGUUGAGAAAGUGAGAGGUCAAGUCUAUGGAGAUCACGCUAUGUCAUUCGACCAACUUAGGUGGUACAGUGAUUCCGUUAUGGAGAAGAACCCAAAUAGUUACAUUAACCUUGAAUUUCACCAACAAACUGGGAGGUUCGUUCGGUAUUUUAUAUCCUUCCGUGCAUGUAUAGAUGGGUUCAACCAUUGUCGGCCGUUACUUUUUUUGGAUGGCACGUUUCUGAAAGGUAGAUUCAAGGGGAAUUUGUUAGCUGCUACUGCAAAAGAUGGCAAUAAAGGCUUGUUUCCGGUGGCCUUCGCAAUUGUUGAUUCUGAAAAUAAACAAAAUUGGGAGUGGUUUUUACGAAAUCUUAAAGAAGUCAUGGGUGACGGACGUACGUUGACAUUCGUAUCGAAUCGUCACGCGAGUCUCUUACAAUCUAUGCCAAUUAUUUUCCCUUCAGCACAUCACGCAUUUUGUUUGCUACAUCUUCAAAUGAAUUUGAGAGACCAAAUGAAAUACGUUAAUGCAUCCCGUAAAGUUGGGUUGAUGCGGAAGCUUCGAGAAUGUGCUUAUGCCCUUACAAUACCAUCUUAUAAUCAGAAAAUAGAGGUGUUGAAAGAGUGUAACCCGGCUGUAAUUGAAAACUUUUUGAAAGAAUUGCAUCCAUCCCACUGGGCUAAUGCAUAUUUCAUGGGGCAACGUUACGGUGAGAUGUGGUCGAGUGCAGCUGAAUCUUUUAACAACUAG